AUGUCUUUGGUGAAUAGUCUCUAAAUUUAUGAAUUUUGCCGUACAUUUGCUUCUCAAUUGAAUUUACGAACUCGCUAUACGGUAGAACAAUUGCAUUAAAGUUUUGUAAAUUGUUUAUUUUAAUGAGAUUGAUAGGAAUCGAAUGAGAAUUCAUCUUUGGCCUUUCAAUUGGUGAUAGGACUGAUGGAUAAAUUUUGCUUGGCAUAUUUGGUAUAGGCAUCAACGCAAACUAAUUCAGCUUUCUUGAAUGUAAUAGGAUAAAUAAAAAAGUAUAUUGUAAAUACAAAUUUAGUUAAUUUAUGCGUCGAUCUAUCUUGGUGAACAUCUGGCCAUCAAUUUUCGCAUUAAUUACACGCAUUUAUAGGAUUCGAGCAUAUAUAAAGGAUGAAAUAGAAUUAGAAUACUAAUAGUUUAAAGAGCAUUUAUAAUAAGAGUAAUUUAAAAAUUGGCUCGCUUUGGAUAAAUAAAAGUUACUCCUGUUUAUGAUAGAUACAAUUUUUUAUGAAUCAGAAUUUUUGAUUUAGGAGAUUGAUCAAAGAUUAAAGAUAUAGGAAAUAUUAUCAAACAAUGAUUGGAGGAAGGAAUUGGCCAAGAAGGAAGCCGAAUUAAAAAGACUAUAAUAAUCAGUUGGGAAAGUGGCUAAAAAGAAACAAAAAGAGUAGGUUAAGACUCUUCAAUUGAUAGCAGGAUUAGAAGAAGAAAUAAAUCUGUAUAUAAAAGCAUCAACAGUUACUAAUAAAUAAUUGUUUCACACUUAAGCCAUAGAGAAGAUCUCAAACAAUCUUUAUGUACUUAAAUCAAUGACUUUUAGGUCUUUUAAGAGGAGAAACGAUGUAUCUAUUAAGAAAACAGUGAGGAAGAUUGGCAAGUAAUAUAAGGAGCAGAGAUGAUAGAAUUAAUUGGUCAACAAUAGAAGAAAUGUACUGAAAUGAAAACUUUGGUGAGUGAAGGUUACUUUGGUUUAGAGGAUUGUAAACUAGAUCCAAUUGCCCUUGAUAAUACUUACGGGAUUGAAUAAAUUAGUCAAGACUCAAUGGCUGUUGAAUUAUUUUAUAGAUGCGAUAUAAAUACUGUAAGAGAAAUACUUUUGGCAUUGGAAAAGGAUUAUUCAGAAUAUGAAUUGAAUUAUUGGAAGAGUUGUUGGACAUCAGCUGAAAAAAGGAAAAUUUGGUAAGAGAAGGUGUUGAAUGCAGACAUGAUUGAAUUAACUGAGAUUUUGAGUAAGAUACCGCAUCAACUAUCCUGGGUAAACAAGAAACAUGGAUAAACUGAUAGUUAGGCCAAAUAUAAAUCUAGCAGAUGUAAUAAUAAUAACUAUAUUGUUAGUAUAUUGGUUCUAUUAGAAUAAGUUAUAUUCAAUGCCUUAUCAAUAAUUAAGUAAGCAAGAGCCAUCUUUGCAUUCGAUGUACUUGUUGGCAAUAACCUUAUACGAUAAAUUAAAGAGUUAUAUUCAUAGAAAAAUGAGAACCAUGGACAUCACUUAAAUCUAAUAGUAGUAGUAGCAAUCAGAUGUAGAAUCAACUUUAGACGAUGACUUUUAACUAAAAUGA